AUUUGACCACGAAAAAAGAACGGCAAAGAAUUUUCUUUUCAUUUUGGGAGAUCAUAAAAUGCUCAUUGCCACUCUGAUUCUUAAAAUAACAGAAUAACUAAGAACAAACAGUACAGAAGAUGCCAAAGAAAAAAACUGGAGCCCGUAAGAAGGCAGAGAAACAAAAAGCGAGACAGAAAUGCAUCCAGGCUGGUGCGAACUGGUCGCUCAUGGAAAAGCCUUGUAACGCAAUGAUGGAAUGUGACAAAUGUAAAAGGAGACAGAAAAACAGAGCAUUUUGCUAUUUCUGCCAUAGUUACCAAAAACUAACAGUUUGUGCCCACUGUGGUAAAAGCAAAUGUUUAAUGAAGUCAGGCGAUUGUGUCAUAAAACAUGUUGGUACUCAUGCAGUGGGCUUAAAUAUGGUGGGUGCAAUUUGUGAUUUUUGUGAAGCCUUUAUUUGCCACAGCAAGAAGUGUCUCACAACACAUCCCUGUGAAUGCCCUUUGAGGGAUGCUGACUGCAUUGAAUGCAAAAGAGUAGUCUGGGAUCAUGGAGGAAGAGUAUUUCUGUGUGCUUACUGCAACUCUUUUCUGUGUGAAGAUGAUCAAUUUGAACACCAAGCCAGUUGUCAAGUGUUGGAAUCAGAGUCAUACAAAUGUGGGUCUUGCAAUAAAUUAGGACAAUAUUCAUGUCUUCGCUGUAAGGUGUGUUUCUGUGAUGACCACGUGCGAAGAAAAGGAGUAAAAUACACACGUGGACAAGCAUUCCCUUGUCCAAAAUGUGGAAACGAAACGAAGGAGACUAAAGACUUGAGCAUGUCAACUCGAUCCCAUACYUAUGGCCGUCAGAAAUUUGAUGACGAUGACGACGAGGAAUACAGUGGGGGUUUUUCAUUUGGAGGAUAUAGCUUUGGCGGGGCAUCUGCGGGCUAUUCCUAUGGCAACGACGAAGAUGAUUACGAUGAUGAGGAAGACGAAGAAGAGGAGGAGGAGGAGGAGGAGGAGGAAGAUGAUGAGGAAGAGGAAGAAAACGAUGAGACCAAAGAAAUACAAACACCUUUAGAAAAUAUCAAAUUAGCAAAUAAAGAUUGAACAUUUUAAGUAGAUAAGAACUGAAUGCAGAGAUAUUCUAAGAUCAUAUUCUCUUUGAAUAAGGUGGAAUACUCGUGUUAGUUCAGUUUUAAUCUUACGAUUCCUGUGAUUUUUAAUUUUAAAUAUUGAGCCCAAUCUCUGCUCGAUAAAUGUAGAUUUUCGCUGCCACCAAUCGAACGUGUAAGAACUACAGUGUAGAUGGUGCGUGGUUCAGGACGAGCUUAAGUUCUUUGAAUUCCCUCGUUGAUAUCCGCACUAUAAGGUGUGCGCUUCUAAGCCGACUAAAGUCGACUGCAAUUCUUGCGGCUAUUCACGUGCGAUCAUAAAUCGCUCGUGUAAACUACCGGCGAUUUCGAGGCGAUAUGAUAAAUUCACGUCGCAGAUGAAUCGCCACUAUUUUGAACAUGUUUGAAUUUAGUGCGAUUUUUCGGCGAUUUUUUCUGCUAGAAUCGCAGUGGAAAUCGCCGAAAAAAUCGCCCGUAUAAAAGGGACUAAAUGAAGUUUGAAGUUCGCCCGUGGUACCAUCCUCAGUACCCGCGCAUGGCCCCAUAGGCCAAGGGGGCAUUAAAAUAAACGAAUCACUCUUUGUGUAAAUCUGGUGCAA